AUGUACACCUUCGUCGGCGUAGCGCGGUCUGGGACCGAGGCCGACGAGGCACGGAAUUGUUUCACGGCGGACCACACCCGCGCCUCCUGCCUGCGGACCCCCUGCUCUGGCGCCAUUUCCUCGUGGGGGUUGCUUCAGGCUACGUCAUUCAAUUGACGUCAUUGCCUCUAUCCUAGUUGAGGGGUGCGUGACUCCAGUACAAGAUGACAGUGCUGGUUGCUCAGCGCCUUCUUCGUGGGUCGUGUGAGCGAUGAUCGCCAGGGAUUUCCCGAGCAUUUUGGAAACCACAUUUUCGGUACCAUUGUUGAGCGCCGCGAUAGGGUCGGCAUCCACAUCCCGGUUGAAGUGAUGUGAUGGCUUGAAUGAAAGCUGGGAGCCGUGGCGUGACUGUGGUAGUUGUUGCGGCUGCCGACAAGACGUUUGGGAGACGAUAUGGGGUGUUGUCCCAAAUUUGCAAAUUUGGGACAACCCCUGUUGGGGUCGCCGUGCCCCCUUGCGAGGGUGUAUCUCGGCAACCACGUGCCGGUCGAGGCGAUGUGAUGGCUUGAAUGAAAGCUGGGAGCCGUGGCAUGACUGCGGUAGUUGUUGCGGCUGCCGGCGAGACGCUUGGGAGACGAUGUGGGGCGUUGUCCCACAUUUGGAAUUUGGGACAACCCCUGUU